AUGGAAAAGAGGAACAGCGUCACAGAAUUUGUUCUCUUAGGACUGUCCAGUGAGCAAAAUUUGCAGAUAUUCUGCUUUGGGCUGUUCCUCUCUUGUUAUAUUACAAUCCUUUUAGGGAAUUUCCUCAUCCUCAUCAUCGUCAGAUGUAGUUCCCUCAUCAAGGAGCCCAUGUACUUCUUCCUCUGCCACUUGUCUCUAAUGGACCUCUGCUACACUUCCACGGUGACUCCCAAACUGGUCAGAGAUUUGCUGUCUGAGACGAAAACCAUUUCCUUCUGUGACUGCAUGAUUCAGCUCUUUACCAUGCACUUAUUUGGUGGGGUUGAGAUUUUCAUCCUUGUGGGGAUGGCCUACAAUCGCUAUGUUGCCAUCUACAAACCCUUGCACUAUGUGGUUAUCAUGAACAUGCAGCGCUGUGCCACAGUGAUUGCAGUGUGCUGGGGAGGAGGAUUUCUCCAUUCCAUCGUCCAGUGGCUUCUUGUAAUUUUUUUGCCCUUCUGUGGCCCUUAUGAGAUCGAUCUCUAUUUCUGUGAUAUUUACCCUCUCCUGGAACUGGCUUGCUCCGAUACUGAUGUGACUGGAUUUUUAGUCCUCGCCAAUACAGGGACAGUUGUGGUGGUUACUUUUACAGUCUUGAUCUCUUCUUACGCCACCAUUUUAGCCAGUCUGAGGACUCGCUCUUUGGAAGGAUGUCGCAAAGCCCUCUCCACCUAUGCUUCCCACAUCACUGUGGUGGCAUUGUUUUUCUUGCCUUCCUUCUUCAUUUACCUCCGGCCAGCCCAGGCCUUCCCCGAGGAUAAGGUGUUUGCUCUGUUUUACACCAUUAUUGCCCCCAUGUUCAACCCCCUCAUCUAUACUCUGAGUAACAGAGAAAUGAAAACGGCCAUGAUAAAGCGGAAAGCCACUCAAGGCUGCAGAUUCUACUGGGAUACUCCGGGCCAUAGCUGUCUACCUAGGCCAUUUGAUCAUUUAAAGCUUUCCUGCACCCUCACUGAUUUCACUGAACACAUGGACAAAACAGCGUCACUGAACUUGUUCUCAUGGGAUUUUCCCCAAACCUGGAGAUGUAGCCAUCUGAUCGACCAGCCUAUGUAUUUCUUUCUCAGUCUGUUGUCUGCCAUGGAUCUCUGCUAUACCUCCACCGUCAUUCCCCAAAUGAUCGGAAACCUACUUGGUGGAAGCAAAACAAUUUAUUUUUCGAACUGUAGGUCUCAGCUUUUUGCUGUGCAUUUCUUUGGCGGGGAUGAGAUCUUCAUUCUAGUGGGACUGGCUUACGACCAUUACAUUGCGAUCUGCAAGGCCCUAUGCUACAUGACAAUCAUGAAGAAGCUUACAUACCACCUAUGA